GCAAUUAAGCUGGAAGUGCCGGAGCCCAUAAAUUAUUCAAAUAAUUUGCAAUGCAUAUGCCUAGCAUAUCAAGCUUUAGGAACUGGAAUUGCUCGCAUUUCAACGGCUAGCCAAUCACAAUGUUUAGUUCUCAAAACCAAAACACUCACUACUCCAAAGCACCACGAGAGCUGAUAAGAUAGGCGGCCAAAUCGAAGCCAGCCAAAGCUCCAUUGAAUGAAAAAAUGUGUGCAGCUCCAGUAUCGGAAUCAGUCUAGCAAGUGGAUUAACCCGGUAACAAUGAAAUUCCUAAGCAUUCUAGUGGCCCUGUGCCUCCUCCUGGCCAUCACCAUAUCGCCCAUUAGCUGCGAUGAUACGGAGAAGGUGGAGAAGCCUUUCUGUCCCUGUCCCAGGAACUACGAGCCCGUUUGCGGAUCCAACUUGGUCACCUAUCCCAACCGAUGCGAGUUCGACUGUGUACGCCGAAAUGUUGAACGCCAGGGACGCAGUAUGGGACUUCUGAGAGACGGAACGUGCUAAGCCCCCAAUCCUUUCGACACACAUGCCAAAGAAGAAUCCAGAAAUUUAAUCGUAUAAAAGUGCCUUGUAUUAAUCAUCAAUGUGAAAAAAAAUAUAGAAAUAAAUCAGCUUAUCAACCAGA